UAGUUAGCUUGUUUAGUUCGACUCGUGCCAGAGCAACAAGUUGAAUGUUUGUUGACGCUGCACUUGUGAUGGAGGUAGAGAUGUGUGCAGGGAGUACGCAACGACAGAUUGUGAAAUCCUACCUAUCAUGUGAAGGCUUUGGUUGUGGUUUGUGUGUAGGGGUGUGUGUGUGAGGGACAGAGACAGCGUAACAGAGAGCUAAGCUUCGUAGCCUCACCCUAGGGGCACUGGCCUGUAAAAAAUGUCCCUGUAACCCUGGAACCAUGAAACCAUGACAGUCAUCACUUAUUCAAGCGCUGCUGGAAGGCUUCUGAAAGAAAUCCAGGUUCUUGAACAUCCCUAUGGCCCCAGGAAUGUUGCAGAACCCCUGUCUGAGAUUCGGAAACCUAGGACCAUGCAGGACCUUUUGGAGAACCCGAUUCUAGAAUCUUGUGGGGUCAAAGGCCAGAAUCAGAUGAAACGGAGAGACGAUAAGGGAGGAGCGAAGAAGGAGAAGGCAAAAAGGAAGAGUCAAACAUGGAGCAGAGGAGUCAGCAGAGAGAGGAUGGAGGCAGGAAGGACAGGGGAGCAGUUUAACUUAAGGAAUAAAUGCAACAAAGAAGUUAGAAAAAAUGUAAGAAGUUGUGGAAAAUGUGUGGAAGUAAAGGACAAGAGCAAGGCAGAUGCGUCUGGGUUUUCUGUGAUUCUGUCAGCAGAAGAAACUGAAGGUGGAAUCAAGAAAAAGGAGAAAAGCAUGGGGGGAAGUAAAAUGUGGCCUGUUUUUCCUUGGCCAUUUCACCUGAAAGACAUCACUGAAAGAGGGACAAACAUAAUGAAAGCGAUGAGGUGGCACCAUAUCUUCCUCCUGCUCUUCAGCCUGUGUCCAAAACCUGCUUCAUCACAGGGAAAUUUCCCACGAAUGGAGAACAUCGCUGCCUUUAAACCUGUGUCCACCUCUCCGGCUCGUUCCACCUGUGGGGUUCCAGAGCGGAGCAGCUACUGUCAGUCAGCAUCCUCACAGAGUGAGCUGCUGACAUGUUAUCAGGCGUUCUGUGUUCAGGAGUGUCCCUAUAGAUCCUCCACACCUCCGUAUGCCCCCCUACUACUGCCUGCACACAGGGGUACCUGUGUAACUGAAGACAGUAACGACACUCGUCCUGGGGUUCAGUCAGAGACUGGAACCACUCUUGGUUUAGAGGGGGUGUCUGGUGGAUCCAGUAGUGUGCUCUUUCGGCCAGUCCAGGAUGGAUGUCUGGUCUCUCCUCCGUCACAGAAACUAGGACCAUUGGGUUCCCUCACUCUGGCAUUGUGGAUAAAACCAAGCUCUCCUGGAGAGAUGAUCCUGCUGGAGAAGAGUUCAGGGGAGCAGUUGUCUUUUUCUCUGACAGUGUCUCUGGAGGUGGUCACCCUACGGUACGGCCAGUCCAGCAGUCAGACCGUCAGCUUCAGAACAGAGGGGAGGCUUACACUGCAGAGGUGGACACACCUUGUUCUGCAGGUCCAUGACAGACGGGUGAGUCUAUUCCUGGAUGGGCUUGAGGAGGAUGGGACACCAUUUGGUACGCAACUUCUGACCGCCAGGCUCUCUGAUAUCAGCGAGGAUGUUCCCAUGUGGUUGGGACUCAGCUCCAAUGGGUCUAAUCAGUUCAUUGGGCGGAUGCAGGACUUUAGAUUUUAUCCUGCCACUUUGACCAACAGGGAAAUAGUGGAGGUGUACUCAGGGUUCCUGCCUGAGCUCCAUGCUCAGUCAGAGUGUCGCUGUCCUCCCAGUCACCCCAGAGUACACCCUUUAGUUGAGAGGUACUGCAUUCCUAAUGGUGUUGAGGACACCACCAAUGACAGAGUCUUAAGACUUAACCUGAACACCCAUCCACUUAGUUAUAUCAAUGAUCAGGACAUGGGGACCACAUGGCUUUCUAAGAUCAUGACUACACAGGAAGUGGAGGAAGGACUCACAAUUACUGUGGAUUUCGUGAAUGGACAAUACCAGAUAUUCUACGUCAUAGUACAGUUUGCCGGACUCUUGCCUGAGUCGGUUCUGAUCCAAAGACGGAGGCUUGACCGAACAGAACUUGAGAGCAUCAUAACUACAGAACAGCCCUGGUUGGACUGGCAAUAUAUGGCCAGAAACUGCAGUGUGUUUGAAAUGCAGAACAACGGGCCUUUGCUGAGACCUGACUCAGUCAACUGUGUGCAGCUGCCCAGCGAUGUUCCCUUCUCAGGAGGUAGCAUCAUAUUCAGUCUGCUGACCCCGGAGCCAAACCCGAGGCCAGGCUAUAAUGACUUCUACAACACUCCUGCCCUGCAGGAGAUGGUACAUGCCACCCAGGUCAGGAUCCACCUGAGUGGACAAUCCUACACCAGAGCAGCCGGGGUGAACCAGCGACACAGAUACUAUGCCAUCAGUGAGAUCACCAUCAGUGGCAGAUGUGAGUGUCAUGGCCAUGCAGACCACUGUGAUACCAGCGUGACGCCCUACCGAUGUCUGUGUCUGCCUGAGAGCCACACGGAGGGAAACAAUUGCCAUCGGUGUGCGCCCCUCUACAAUGACAAGCCAUUCAGGUCAGGUGACCAACUCCAGCCUAUGAACUGCCGAUCUUGUCAGUGUCACGGCCACGCUCUCUCCUGUCAUUAUGAAGUUGGAGUCGAUGACCAGCCAGAAGAGCACUAUCGAGGAGGAGGCGGCGUCUGUGACAGCUGCAUGCACAACACCACUGGUAAAAACUGUGAGUUGUGUACAAGUGCCUUUUUCAGGCUAGAGGAAUCUGAUCCCACUUCAAUUGACGUGUGUCAGCCUUGCAACUGUAACACUGCUGGAACAGUCAACAGCAGCAUGGAUUGUGCCCAGGUAGGGGGUCAGUGUCAGUGUAAGGCUGCAGUAACAGGUCGUCGAUGUUCAGACUGUCUGCCUGGUUGGUACGGUCUUAAAGCCUCAAAUCCAGAUGGCUGCACCCGCUGUAACUGCAGCGACAUCGGCAUCAUCAGCACGUCGUCAGAAGGAGUUCCCAGAUGCAACCAGGACACAGGAAUGUGUCUGUGUAAACCCCAUGUCACAGGUCUUUCUUGUGACCGCUGUGAGUUUGGUUAUUGGAACCUGUCCCACCCAGACGGCUGCAUCCCAUGUGACUGUGACCCCCUUGGUUCCCUCAGCCAGUUCUGUGAGCCUGAGGGGGGGCAGUGUGAGUGCAAGCCUGGGGUGGGGGGGCAGCGAUGUGACUCUUGCGGCAGGGGUUCGUAUGGAUUAAGGCUGGAGGGAUCCUGCGCCCCCUGCAACUGCUCACUGGAAGGGACAGUACCUGGGACAGACUGUGAUCCUCACACAGGACAGUGUGUGUGUAAGGAGCAUGUUGAAGGCCGUCGCUGUGACUCUUGUCGUCGUGGUUACCACACCCUGGAGCAGCGGAACUCCCUGGGCUGUCUGCCGUGUGCUUGUGACAUCUAUGGCACUGUGCCAGAGGGUGUAUGCGAUAUGUGGACCGGACAAUGCCCGUGCCGUGAAGGGGUGGAGGGAGCACAGUGUACCAACUGUGCCCACAACUACUACAACAGGAGUUCACACCUCCAGAAGGGGUUGUUCCUGGCCUGCGUACCAUGUAUCUGUGACCUCCGAGGGACAGUGACGGGGUCAGUAUGUGACAGCACCACAGGACAGUGUGUUUGUGUCCCUGCACGCUAUGGAAAGGACUGUAGUAGCUGCCGACCUGGCUUCUACCUCUCUCCAAAUCAGAGUAUGUGUGCAGAGUGUGACUGCCAUCCAAUGGGAGCAUCGCAACGCGUUUGUGAGAUCCAGACUGGACAGUGUGUGUGUGACCAUCCCUCAGUGGGAGGGCGGCGCUGUGACCAGUGUCGUGAGAUGUUCUUCGGAUUCAACCCUGGCCUGGGCAGAUGCCAGCCUUGUGCAUGUGACCCGGUGGGCAGUGUCAAUGGCUCAUGUCAUCCAGACUCAGGGGUGUGUGUGUGUAAGCUGCUGGUAUCUGGAGACAAGUGUGAUGUAUGUCAACCUGGAGCAAGUCAUUUCGACCCUGAGAGCCACUUUGGCUGCAGUAAAGCACCCUCCCAGCAACCUGCACCAGUAGGUUUUGCUCUCAGUUAUUCUUCCAUUCGUCUCUCUUGGCAUCCACCUGACUCCCCAAACUCAAACAGACUCAAUUACACACUCAUCAGGGAUGGACAGUCAGUGCAGAGCAUCCAAAGUCACUAUCCUUUCAGCCCUGAAUCAUUUGAAGACACCGGUUUGUUUCCCUACACCAACUACUCUUACUGGCUCAUAACAGCUAAUGUGGCCGGUGUAACAAUAAGUGCAUCAGCCUCAUACCUAACUUUAGGUGCACCGCCAGAAGCAGAACAGCUCCAUCUAAACCUUGUGGGACGACCUGGUCCAACCACCGUUAGCUUUAACUGGAGCACACCACGAAAUGAUACAGGCCCAGUGGAGAGGUUUGUCUUAUCCUCCAUGGAGUCUAGUGGAGCAGAGCCUGUCAUUCACUACACAGGCUUAUCUACAGAGGCUGUGGCAAGCGGUCUGAAGCCCUUCACCCAAUACACUGUAACACUGGAGGCAUGCUCUUCUGGCGGUUGCACUUCUACCCCACCGCUGUCCUUUCUGAUGGCCUCUGCCCCCCCACAAAACCAACCCCCACCCAGAGUCACUGCUAGUGGACCUCAUACACUGCAUGCUUCUUGGGAGCCGCCCAGUCAGCCAAAUGGUGUUAUCACAAGAUAUGAGGUCUUUCUACGUGGACCAAUAGAACCACAGAACCUUUCAAGUCCUGCUGUUGAGAGGAGAGUUUUCUUCAGCACUGGUUGGCUGGAUCCAAGUGUUUCCCCAGAAGCACAGCUAACUAAUAAGAGCACAGUCCCACCCCCAGAGAGCAGUACCAUUGUGGGAAGUCUGCAGGCGUUUUCCACCUAUCAGAUGAGAGUUGUGAGCAUCAAUAUGGCAGGAAGUGUCACAUCUGACUGGACCACAGCACGCACCAUGGAGGGAGUCCCAGAGUUCAUGGCUCCUCCAGAAGUGUCUACACUGUCAUCCACCAGCCUUAAAGUUGCAUGGAGCUCUACUGAGGGUCAAGGGAUCAUUGCAAGAGGACAGGUCACGGAGUAUCGGGUCAACUUGCUCACUGAACAGACCAACAAUCCCUAUGCUCCUCCAGUUAUUAGUCAGGUCCUGCAUAGGACAGGACCAUCGUCACAGCCUGUUUAUUUAGUGAAAGGACUGGAGCCUUACCACAUGUACAACUUUACUGUUACGCUCUGCACAAACACCGGUUGCAUUUCCAGUUUGCCAAGCACAGGACGGACCCUACCAGCAGCUCCAACAGGACUGUCUCCGCCUCAAUUACAUCCAGUAAAUGAAACCACCAUUCAGAUAGACUGGGACCCCCCAGCCCAACUCAAUGGACCACACCCUCUAUAUCAGUUGGAGAGGACAGACGUCUCUCUCUCUGACCCACAAGCUCCUGUUGUCAGAGGAACCAGAUUCCCAGGAAAUAGCUACUACCAGUUUCCCAAUGACACCCUGCCUGUCAACACUGACUUCACAGGUGUUGAGUUGAAUUUCAAGACUCGCUCCCCAGACGGGCUGCUGCUCUGUGCCUUCUCUCCAGGAAGUCAGGAAGAGUUCCUGGCUAUUCAGAUCAAAAAUGGACGCCCCUACUUUCUGUUUGACCCACAGGGCUCAGCGGUGGCUGUGAGUGUACAGGGUGAUGCAGGGCGCCGCUACAAUGAUGGACAAUGGCACAGCAUCAUAGCAACAAGGCAAGGGGCCGUGGGAACAAUCGUUGUAAACAAUCAAUACAGAGGAAGUGCAUCAGCUUUCAGCGGUAGCACCAUUAUUGGUGAGAACACAGGGAUAUUCAUUGGAGGACUGCCUGAAGACUUUACUUUGCUAAGAGAGGAUUCAGGUGAUGCGAAGCUAGUGCAACAGGGUUUCUCUGGUUGCCUCAGAGAUGUGAGUUUUAAGAUGACAGACAGCCCCUCAGAAGAAUGGAAAUCUCUGGACUGGGCAACAGCGACAAAAAAGUUGGCAGUGUAUGAAAGCUGGGAGGGAUGCCCUAUUCAGAUUGUGGAUGGAGCCCAUUUCCUGGGUCACGGUUACCUGGAAAUGGGCAAAGAUAUAUUCAGUGGAGGACAGGACUUUGACAUUUCUAUGGAUUUCAGAACAGACCAGCUAAAUGCACUGUUGUUCUUUACAUACAACACACAAACUGAAGACUACAUGCUGGUGGAGCUGGAAGGUGGUCUCCUUUCCUUCAUUCUUUCAUCUGAAGGUCACGUGACUGAACUCAGCAUGUGGGCGGGGCUUAGCUACUGCGAUGGAGAUUGGAAACAGCUUUCAUUGGCAAAACGCGGCUCGCUCAUUUCUGCUGCAGUAAACGACUGGGCAGAGGAGAUGAAGGGAGUGGGAGGAGCAGUGAGGCUGAGGGUUGAUUCGCCAUUAUACGUUGGGGGCGUGCCCAUGGAGCUCAAACAUCCUGCUCUGAACAGCCAAAGUCAUAAACACGGUCUUGGAGGUUGCAUAAGGGCUCUUACCAUACGAAGUGAUGAAACAAACCUGCCUGUCAGUCAAAGUGUUAAUCUCUCUGUUGCCUCCCGCCGUUCUGUUAGAGUCUACUUAGACGGCUGUCCCACCAGUGAAAGCCGGUACAACUGCAGAGGAAACGAUUCGGUGUUAGUAUAUAGUGGGAGGAAGACACAAGCCACAGAUUACAGCCUACAGCCUUUUACUGAGUACUUGUACAGGUUUGUGGCCUUGGCUGCAGGAGGUUGGGCAACAGGACCUUGGCAGAGGGGACGCAGCCAAAGUAAAGUGCUUGAGUCAGUACCACCUCCGACCACAGUGCAGAGCUUGAAUGGCUUUAGUGCCAAGGUGAGCUGGGUGCCACCCAAUGGAGACGUCAGAGGGCUGAUUGACAGAUAUGAGCUGAAGGCCUACAAUAGAGAUCAGCCAGAAGUACCUCCUAUCAAAGCCGUUUACCUGGCUAAUGGAAACUUCACAGGUGUGCUGCCGGGUCUCACUCCAUCCACUCGAUACAUUAUCACUGUAAGUGCCUGUAGUGCUGUUGGCUGCACUGAGAGUCUUCAUAAUGACAAUGGGGAUGAUAAUGAUUUGAGAUCGAGACUUACAACCCCGCAGGAAGCUCCAGAUGCUGUCUCUCCUCCAGCUGCAGUUUCAUCUCCCACAGCCAUCUAUAUUACCUGGGAACCUCCAGCAAGGCCUAAUGGAGACAUUACAAAGUACCUCCUCUAUCACAACAACCAAAUGGUCUACAGUGGCACAGACCGACAACACAACAUCACUGGUCUUGCCAUCUACUCCACUCAUGUAUUGGUACUAAGUGCUUGCACUUCAGUGGGCUGCACCAACAGUUCACAAGUUACUAUGCUGACCUCUCAGCUUCCUCCGGGGCCUCUCCAUGCACCAACUCUUACCUUGCUUGACUCACGGACUAUUCUGGUGGAGUGGUCACGUCCCUCUCAGGUAAAUGGCGCUUUGGAGUUCUAUUCCAUCUUCCUGUCACAUGAUGGUGACGCGCCUGUGCUGGCCUAUAACAGCUCAGAACUUUUUGAAGACCACACACUCCGUAACCUAACCCCUGGAACAGCUUACACCAUCACAGUCGCUGCCUGCACAGGGGGGGGGUGUACCUUAAGCCCUCCCAGCCAGGCUCAGACUAAGGAGAGCACCCCAGAGAAUGUCCCUGCACCACUGAUCGCGCCUCUGUCCCCACAUGCACUCAACGUCAGCUGGACACCUCCUGAUACUCCAAAUGGCAUUAUAACCAGUUAUGGUCUCUGGCUGGAUGGACUUCUCAUUUUGAACUCCAGUUCCUCCCAGAGGAUCUUCGUGGUGGAGGGACUCUCUCCAUGGAGCCGACACAUACUCAGGCUACAGGCCUGUACGGCACAGGGCUGUGGCAAGGGACCAAUGGUGGAGAUGCGCACUUUAGAGAUGGCCCCAGAAGGCCCGAUACUGCUGGAACUGACCAAUCAGAGCUCUCGAUCACUCCGAGCCCGCUGGACAGCUCCACCUAGACCGAAUGGGAACCUCAGCUACACACUGUACUACAAAAGUAAAGAUGGUGAUGGUGUGUUGGAUGGAAGCACAGCAGCAGGCGGCUGGUUGUCUGUCACUGACCUGCAGCCUUACACCAACUACAGCUUCUGGAUCAGAGGGUGUAACACACAGGGUUGUGUUGAGAGCCUGCCACUCAGUGUUACUACGCCCCCAGCAGCUCCAGAUGGGUUAUCACCUCCGAGCUUGGCUCAUGCAACUAGUGCCAGUUUGAAUGUAUCCUGGUCCGCCCCUGCCCACUCUAACGCACCAGGCCCACUCCGUUAUAGCCUGCAAAUGAGGACAUCCCCUCAGAGGCCUGUGAUAAGGCUUAUGGAAAACGCAACAGACUCCUUUUCCUACCAUGUAGAGGGCCUGUCACCGUACAACCAAUACAUGUUUAGAGUGGUGGUCUCACACAUGCAUGGGCAGACAGUUGGCCCCUGGGCAGCCCUGCGCACGGCAGAGGACAGUCCAGGACCAGUGGACACUCCAACUGUAUCUGGGCUCCAUCCUCGAAGUGUAACAAUUACCUGGGCUCCUCCCUCCCAGCCAAAUGGCAUUAUCAUCAAUUACACCAUCUACAUUUGCCCCAACUCCAUCUGCUCUUUAGAUUUCAAACCCAGUUUAGUCUUCAGCACCAUCAUGACCCUCAGCUCCAGCUCAGGUCGUAACACAAGCCUACUGUCCAGCACUGAGAGCGCACAUAUCAGCUCAGGUCAUAACCUCAAGACAACAUCUAGUCUGACCACUGCAGGCUCAAGCCAUGUCCCCAUAUCCAGUGUCACCGCAGGCAGUAAUGACAGCACAAGAACAGCCCGUGACACUACGUCCAGCCUUCUCCCUAACCCUCUCUCUAGCUUGAGGCCUGGUGUCACAGAAGACAACCAGAUUCAGUCCACUGGUGUGAGCGAUAGAAGCCAAGCCAACGCAUCCAUCUCAGUCCACCGCACAGAACCCAAUACUGUUAGUGUUAACCCAAGUCUUUUACUGUCAAACCCAGAAUACAAUGAAACCAACUUGAAUACUGAUAAUAUUAUCAAACAAGACUCCUUCCACAGCCCCAUUUCUGGUUUCUUCAGUGCAGCUUCAGAUUCAUCCCCUCUAUCAGUCACUGUUCCAGGGAACACCACUAGCUACACUUUCCUCGACCUACAACCAUACCAGACCUACAGCUUCCAGGUGGAGGCAUGCACCACUGUGGGUUGUUCAGUGUCUGGUAUGUCUCAGGACUUCCGGACGCUCCCAGCUCCCCCUGAAGGGGUUCCUGCCCCGCACCUUUACUCUGACACCCCAACCUCUGUUCUCUUGUCCUGGGGUGCACCGGAGCAGAGCAAUGGACCACUGGAGCGGUGGCUGGUUGAGCGUAGAGUUACUGGGACUAAACAAGUAUCCACAGUGGGCCAUCUUCCACCAGACCUUCCCCCUCUUUCCUUUUUGGACUCUUCAUCAGCCCUCAGUCCCUGGACGAGCUACCAGUAUCGACUUGUGCUCCACAAUCAGGCUGGCAACACCACAGGACCCUGGGUCACUGUCACCACCAGACCUUCCCGGCCAGCUGGUCUCAGUCCUCCAAAGGUGAAGGUCUUGGGGCCAGAGUUGCUUCAGGUCACAUGGUCUCCUCCUCUUAUUCCCAAUGGAGAAAUACAUGGCUUUGAGAUCCGCCUCCCAGAACCCCGCAUCUUCCAUGACAGUGGCAGUGCUUCUGAGCUCAACCUCACAAUAACGGACCUCAUUCCAUAUACAAACUACAGUAUUACUGUAUUGGCGUGUUCCAGCGGUGGUGGAAAUGUUGGAGGAUGUACAGAAAGCCUGCCGACGCCUGCUACCACAUUACCCACAAUCCCUGAAGGCCUUGAACCGCUGUCUGUGGUGACAGUCAGUGAGUCCUUCCUCGCCAUUUCCUGGCAACCACCAAGCAGGCCCAAUGGACCUAACAUCAGAUACAAGUUGCUCAGACGUAAAACCCACCAGCCCCUGGCCGUUGCCACGGUCCCCACGGUAACAGCCAUGUCCCCUCCCCCCUCUGAAGAUCUCCAUCGCUGGCUCCAUGUUUACUCCGGCACCAAAUUGUUCUACCAAGAUAAAGGCCUAAGCAGAUUCACCCGUUACCAGUACCAGUUAGAGGUACAUAAUGAUGUGGGCUUCUCCUCAGGAGAGAUUGUUACAGCGGUGACCAUGGCGGGGGUUCCCCACCACUCUCCUUCUCUGUCUGCCAUCGCCAUCAAUCACACUGCCGUACAGGUCAACUGGACACAACCCUCUUUGGAAGACCUACAGGGAGACGUAGAAUCUUUCUUUCUGACAAUAGCGUCUGCCCAGUCAAGUCAAAUCUUGGCUUUCCCCCCUGAGAUCAUCUCCACUGUGAUAAGUGACCUUUGGCCUAGUACCACCUAUCUGAUGUCAGUAAAGGUGUCCAACGGAGCACAUAAUACAACUGAGGCAACCAUUAGCGUCACCACAGAGGAUGGAGAGCCAGACGGGAUGUCCGCCCCUGAGGUGGUUCCAGUUAACAGCAGCACAGUGCGUGUGCUUUGGUUCCCUCCUCUGCGGCCCAAUGGAGCAGUUACUGGUUACUACAUCUACCUUAAUGACCAGCUUCAUGGCAGUGUAGACAACAGCUCGGGGUCCUACCUGCUGGGAGACCUGCUGCCUUUUACUGUCUACAACGUGCAGGUGGAGGUGUGUACUGUUUAUGCAUGUGUACGGAGUAAUGUUACUCAGACAACCACCGUGGAAGACCUGCCUGUCGACCUGGCUGCACCACACACACAUGUGAUCAGUCCCAGGGCCGUGAGACUGGACUGGACCCGUCCGGGCAGACCCAGUGGGAUCAUGCUGGGCUAUGAUGUCUUAAGACGGACCCUGAGGUCAUGUACCAUUGGGUCAACAGGGGUAACAUCCUCUGUGGGGGAAGAGUCAGUUGGUGUAAGGUUCAGAUGUUCCUACCUGCAGUGUCCUGCCAGUCAUGGUGUGUGUGGGAUGUCCUGCUUUCAUCCUGACACUCAGGUUUGCUGCCAUGGACUACUGUACACUAAGAAACCACAUCAUCAUUGCUGUGAGGGCAGCUAUCUGAGUUUGGGUAAUUCUUUCGAUCCAAUCUGCUGUAAUGGCAAACUGCUUCCAGCUCUCCCUGAUCACCAGUGCUGUGGAGGAUACUAUGUCCAUGUAAAAAUCGAUGAAAACUGCUGCCCAGACCACUCGCAGGGCCGGGUCUCAGUGGGGCUGGGUGACAGCUGCUGUGGGGGGGUUCCUUACUCCAUCAAAGGCGGCCAGCUCUGCUGUAGCGGGAGCCUCCACGAUGGAUAUGGUGUCCGAUGCUGCGGAGGCCGGAUUGUAGAUGAUACACUGGUGUGCUGCGGCGAUGCCGAGAGGGGUGAAGUGCACACAUUUACCCCAGGUCUUGUCUGCUGUGGACAGGAGUAUAUAAACUCUUCCACCUCUCUUUGCUGUGUGGGUAAUGACGGAUAUCCCAUAAUGCACCCUGCUGGCAAUGCCACAGUGACGCUGCAGUGCUGUGGGUCUAAGGUCAUACAUCAGGAAGAGGAAUGCUGCAAUGGGAUUGGCUAUGACCCUCAGCGACACGUGUGUGCUGACAAUCCCACACCAGGCCUAAUGAUACAGCACCAGUGUGUGCAGGGUGCUGUGUGUCCUGUAGCUGCAGCAUCUACAGCUUACUGUGGCUCCUGUGACCUCGAUCCAUCUACGACCGCCUGCACAUGGGUCCUGUCUGCACACACACACCCUGACAUACCCUCCACAACAUACUCACCUUCCAUCAACACCACACAUGAGACUCUUACUGGGGUCUUCUCUACACAUACAAACAGAAGCCACAACGCAUACAAAAUGGCAGAGACAUACAGUCACACUGAGAACCUGCAGUUCAAGGGAAGCCUGUGCCCGUCGCAUGAGGAGGUAGUGUACAGCGGAGAUGCCAACAGAUACACCUAUACAGACUCUGAGCUGGAGCCCUUCACCACCUAUGAGUACAGAGUGAGGGGCUGGAACAGCUUUGGACGAGGCUCCAGUGAUGUUACAACAGUGACCACCAGUGAAGACAAACCGUGGGGAGUGGCCCCGCCCCGCUGGAGUCGCUUAGCUGAACGAGAUGACAUCAUCCAGUUGCUAUGGCAAGCACCCGCCAGGCCUAAUGGGGACAUCAUCCACUAUGUUAUACUGCGGGAUGGACAAGAACGUUACCGUGGUGAUGAAAACAGUUUCACUGACGUGGGUGGGAUCAGGCCUUUCCAGGAAUACAGUUACCAGCUGAGAGUUUGUAACCGGGCUGGUUGUACUGACAGUACGCAGGUGGUGGCAGUGACAGUCCAGGGAGUCCCAGAGGGCUUGCAGCCUCCAGUCCUCACAGCUUUAAACCCAUCCUCCCUCCAUGUGAGCUGGUCUGAACCAAUUCAUCCCAAUGGAAUCAUACAGCGGUACCACCUGAACCAGACUGGUGUUGGAACCAUAUUUACACACAUCGAUGGGCCCAGAAAUUAUACUGUGACUGGUUUGCAGCCGUACACAGACUACAGUUUUGUGCUGGUGGCCUGCACAGCUGCCGGAUGUGGAGCCAGCCUACCUUCCACAGGACGCACCCUGCAAGCUGCCCCUGCAGGUGUAUGGUCAAACCCCAGACAUCUGAUAAUAAACACAUCUGCAGUGGAGCUGUACUGGGAUCAGCCUAUUGGACACAUCUCCCAGUACAGACUGAACAGAGACGGUCAUACUGUUUUUACUGGAGACCACCGUGACCAGAAUUAUAGUGACACUGGACUCCUGCCAAACCGCAGUUAUGUAUAUGAGCUGGAGGCCAGUACAGGGGGUGGGACUGGUGUGAGUGACAAAUACGUUAUACAAACACCAGUCUCGUGCCCCACUGGGGUCCAACCUCCCCACAGUGUGACAGUGUCGGGCCCGUACUCAAUCUCUCUUGCCUGGACCCGUCCUGCUCAGCUAAACAGCCGCCAGCCUGUCAACUACAACAUCCUGUUAAAUCCAGGAAGUGACAGAGCCAUAAUGUAUCAUGCUGGCCAAGCCCAACACCUCACUGUGACAGGCCUAGAGCCAUUCACCAGCUACUUCAUCAGAGUGCAGGCCUGUCAAAUUGAUGGGUGUGGAGUAGGAGAAGGUGUCUUUGUUCGGACUUUAGAGGCUGUUCCAGAAGGUCUGCUGCCCCCUACGGUAAUGGCAACUGGACCAGGUGUCCUGGAGAUUCGCUGGUCACCCCCACAAAAACCAAAUGGACUUAUCACAUCCUACCAUAUAUACAGGCGUCCACUAGGUACAGAGGAGGAGCUGCUGAUUUUUAUCUGGUCCAGCGGGCCGCUUGAAUUUUUUGAUGCAAGCCCUGCCCUCCAACCAUUCAGUUACUUCCAGUACAGACUUCACUCCUACAACUCCAAAGGCUCAGUAAUGAGCCUAUGGACUUUAGCUCAGACAUUACAGGCAGAACCACAAGACAUGGCCCCUCCCACUGUCACACCUGCUGGUGCAUACUCAGUCCACCUGAAAUGGAGUGAACCAGGACAGCCCAAAGGUAUCAUUUCCCAUUAUAAACUGGUUUACAAGAAGCACCAACAGGACCCAACGCUCAACUCAACGACUGUUACUGCUCUCACUGUGGAGGGUUCAGUCCUUGAAGCAACAGUCUAUGGUGUUGAACCGUACAGUCAGUAUAGUCUACGAGUGGAAGCAGUGAACGAGGCAGGUAGUGUGUCCAGUCCGUGGGUAGACAUUAGGACCCUGGAGGCUUCUCCGGCUGGCCUGGCUAACUUCACAGUGGAGCAGAGGGAGCAGGGCAGGGCAUUACUGCUUAGCUGGGAUCAGCCAAGUGUUCCAAAUGGAAUCAUCACGAUGUACAACUUGUACAGUGAGGGGAACCUAGAAUUCAGCGGACUAUCACGCAACUUCCUGUUUCGUCGUUUGGAACCAUGGACCAUGUAUACUCUGACUCUUGAAGCUUGCACCUUAGCAGGCUGUACACACACCUCACCUCAGCAUGUCACCACAGCAGCAGCUCCACCUGCCUCCCAGCCCCCUCCCAGGCCUCUCUUCAUUGGCCCAGACAGUGUAUCACUUACCUGGGGCCCUCCCUCGCAGCCCAACGGGCCAAUUGGAGAGUAUUUCUUACUUGGGAGAAGUCUGGAGGAAAUGGCGAGGGGAAGGAGUAAUGAAGAGGAUAUUGAAAUGGGAAAGGUGCUGUUCAGAGAAGCAUCUCCACAACAUUCUGACACCUUCUCAUAUACUGUGACUGGUCUGCGUCCCUGGACACAGUACGAGUUCAGUGUCCGGACUCACAACCCCGCUGGACACACCCACAGUCCCUGGGUAACUGUGACAACAAGACAGGCUCCUCCUCGUGGGCUAGCUCCCCCGACAGUGACUCACCUCCAAGGCCAGCCCAGUGAGGUCUUGGUGUCAUGGACCCCACCUUUGGAGCCCAGUGGGAUACUUCAAUCCUACAGGAUUCAGAGAAACAAUGUCAGUUUCUCAUUUAGUUUUGACCCGACUGUUCUCAGAUACACAGACGAAAACCUUAGGCCAUUUUCAACAUAUAGCUACUCAAUCAUAGCCUGUACAUCUGAGGGUUGCACCACCAGCCCUCAUACAAACAUCACAACUCUCGAGGCUCCACCUGCCACAGUGGAAGCUCCCACAGUGGACAGCAUUACAUCCAAUAGCAUAAACAUUUCCUGGAGUAAACCACAGACACAGAAUGGAGAGGUGACUGAAUAUGUGCUGAAACUGAACAAUGAAGAAACGUAUCGUGGGAAAGACCUAAAUACAGUGUUACCAGAUCUGCAGCCACACACGUCAUACGAUCUGGUCCUUUCAGCUUGUACGAGCGGUGGGUGCACCACCAGCUCCACAAUGUCCAUAUUGACUGGAGAAGCUCCUCCCACUGGCCUGCAUGCCCCGACUCUUAAGGUCACUGGCCCAGAGUCAGUGGAGGUAAGCUGGGGACCACCAGAGCACCCUAAUGGCAUCAUCACAGGAUAUGAACUCCGCAGAGAUGGUGAAGUUAUCUAUGUUGGCACGGAGACACAUUACCACGACUUCACACUUUUGCCAAGUGUGGAAUACAGCUACGUUGUCAGGGCCAACAACAGCAAAGGGCCAGUGAGCAGCACUGCAGCCACAGCAAAGACUCACCCGUCAGCUCCUUCUGGUGUCGGACUUCCAACACUGACGCCUCUUAGACAAAGCCAGCUGAGAGUCGAGUGGAGUACUCCAGCCCGUCCUAAUGGAGACAUUGUAAGUUACACUGUGUAUCAAAGAGAUCCAGUCCGGCUCAGCAUCACCAGCACUGUGUUCACUCCAGAGGACAGAGACUUCUCUGCCCAACACACAACCCUGCAUGGACUGGCUCCUUACCACAGGUAUGAAGUGAGGGUGGAGGCUUGCACAGCGCUGGGCUGCUCCUCCAGUGACUGGUCAUCUGUUCUCACUCUGGAAGCUCCCCCUGCUGGACAAACAGCGCCACUGUUAGACCUCCAGCCUGACAUACACACAGGCCUACAGACCACCUUUCUACUCACCUGGUCCCCUCCAGCUCAGCCAAAUGGCAGAGUCCUUCAUUACGAGGUGUACCGCAGACUGCACCGUACCCCUGAUGAUGACAGACGUGAUGCUGCAACACUUGUCUACAGGAAUAUCUCUACUAAUUGCAAAGAUGAAGCACUCCAGCCAUAUACUGUAUACCAGUACCAGGUGUGGGCAGUGAAUUCGGCUGGUCGUUCUGCCAGUCCGUGGGCCAAUGGGAGAACAGGACCCGCCCCACCAGAGGGUGUAGGCACGCCUAUUUUCCUGCGUGUUUCAGCCACCUCAGCAGUAGUGGACAUCCAUCCUCCAGCCCAACCCAAUGGGAUUGUUAGCCUCUACAGAGUGUUCUCAGUCAACCACAACAACCACACUCUGCUCUCAGAGGGUACAUCCCAUCAGCAGACACUCCAUGGUUUACGUCCUUACACUCAGUACUGGGUAGGAGUGGAGGCCUGCACCUGCUUUCAGUGCUGCAGCCAGGGUCCUCUUACUGAGCUCCACACCCUGGCUGCCCCCCCGGCCCACCAGCCUCCUCCUCGCCCACUCACCAUGACGUCCCGCUCUGUUCAGCUGGAGUGGGACGAGCCUCUGGCACCUAAUGGAGUCAUUGAGAGCUGCGAGCUACAUCUCAGAACACCUUGCCCUCAGCCCCCCCAGCCUGUACCCCUCCCUUGUGUUGAAGAACCAAUAGAAAUCUGUUUCUUUGGCAAAAGGCGGAGCUACAAUGUGACAGGUCUCCAACCAUACUCCACCUACCAGCUGAGAGCUGCGUGCUUCAACAACAUGGGCAGCACUGCCUCCAACUGGACUAGUGUUACCACACUGAGUGAAGCCCCCCAGUAUGUGUCUCCUUUCACAGUGGGCAGCAACCUGACAGUUAUUUGGCUGGACUGGACGGGUUCCUUCUCCCUCAACGGGUACCUGAAGGAGUAUAGUGUGACAGAGAGCCAGCUGAGGGUCUAUACUGGCUUCUACAGCUAUCUCUAUAUUCCACGCACCUCACAGAAAACGUUGUCAUUUCAGGUGACUUGUACCACAAACAGUGGCAGUGCCAGUACUCCCACCAUCAGAUACAGCCCUGCCAGUGGCAUAGGUCCUCAUGAGCCUGAAGACGGUGAUAAAGAGAGCGUUAGCAUGUCGGCUAAACCGGUUUACUCUGAGCUGUGGUUUAUCUUGUUGUUAGCCCUGCUGGGUCUGUUUCUGCUCGCCUUACUGCUGGGCCUGGUGCUACAAAGAGCCCUGAGGAAGAAUCCAUCAGCCAGAGAGCGCCCCCCAUUGGUCAUGCUUCAAAAGAGCAGGAAGGCUGGGGGAGAGACGUACACGAGGCCCUGUACUGAGUUGUGCUCCAAACAUCACUCCAGCUCUGUGCUCCUCCCUGACCGUCUCACAGGUCUGACAGACACAAAGAUAGUCGGAAGCACCUCACAGUUCAGCCCUAUGUCCGUCUUGAGGGUUCCCAGCCAAACAGACCUGGGUCAGGCCUACUCCCAGCAUUCCCUGCACCGCAGCGUCAGCCAGCUGAUUGACAGGAAGUCACUGAUGUUGGAGGAAGGAAGCUGGGACAACCCACUGGGACAUGACUCUGGACUGUAUGUGGAGGAAGAUGAGUUUGUGGACGCCAUCAAGGCCUUAAGAUCUGUGAAAAAGGAGCACACCAUGUUCACUGACACUCAUCUUUAAGUUCCUUACCUUAAAUUAGGUAUCACAGUCGCAGUUCAGACCUACAGAUGGGUGACACAUUAAAGGAAAAACCAACAUGAAGUGUCUUAGUAUGGAUUGAGGCCACCACGAGCCAUGAACAGCUUCAGUGCUCCUUGCCAAGUCUGAAUGAACACCAUUCCUCCACAAAAUGUUCUAUUAUUUAUAUAUACAACCUUUAUUUAAUCAGGUUAGAGAGCGGAGUACAGCAGUAAGAAAGCAAUACAGAGGACAUAUAGCAUCAAUCACAGACAUCACUGAAUAGAUUUAAAGAUAGUUGUUUAUAUUAUAUCACUUGGUCUAAUGGAGAUGGUGGUGGAGAGCAUUGUGUUACAUGUUGGUCCAAAAUGUUUAAUAAGGGUUAAACUGGGUUAAGAUCUGGUGAUUGUAAAAGCUGUAGCAUUUUAUUUACAUGAUUUUCAAACUCAUCAAACCAUUUGGUGAGCCACAGUGUGCAGAAGCAUCUGCGUGUGUCUCCACUCCACCUAAUCAGAGUUUUCCUUUAAUUUGUCCCGCUGUCUAUUAACCUGGUAUUCAACAGACAAUUUACAAUGCUUUAAAUAUGAUUGAGAAACACUGUAAAAGAAAUAAUAUUACCGUUGAUGACCAGUAAUGAGCUUUCAUUAUAUUUUGAUUGUGUCCAAAACUCACUGGUAAAGUGCUAAUAAUGUUUAAAUGAUGUUCAGAUCCAAAAUAUAAAAUAAAGGCAGAUCAAAAGACAUGAGAGGAAAGAGAAGAAACUCCCUAUAGGGACUUUGUCUGUUGAUAUCUAUGAAUACAUUACAGAUAUGGAGCCAGUCAGCUGUGAUUGUGUAGGUUGUAGGGUGUAGUUUAUUGGCUUUAUAGCUUGAAUGUAUGAAUUAUACAGUACGUUAUGUCUCAAAUCGUGCUCAGAUUAAGAAGAUGAUAACCAUCUCUGCUUGCCAACUGUUAGUUUAGUUGUUUUUAAAAAUGUAGAAAGCUGAGCGAUAGCAGGUUUGUUUUUUGUUAUUCAGAAUUGAACCAGUCCAGAAGUCAGUAAACAUCAUGCCUCUUUCAGAGAGCUCUGCUUCAACAAGUAAUUGUGCCUAGUAUGCUUCAACACUAUCAGCAGCAGUCAUUGAGCCUUGGUGUUAGUUUUAUGACAAAAAAUGCCAACUGUUUCUUAUUAUGUGUUAAAAGUGGCUGGGAAUCACAGAUGUGCCGUCUGAUUGUUGUGAUUAUGUGAUGUAACUUGAAAGUUCUAUCUGAGAUUUUUUUUACCAUAUCAGUUAUUGAUGUACAGUUUAGUGCGAAUAAAUGUAGAAGGAACUGGACAUAGAGGAAUUAAGCUUUUAUUCCACCAGUGAAGCUCAGUGUGGAUUUCACUGACAGCUAAACUAUGAAAUCAAACCGAGAGUUGUUUUUCUAUGGCCUCAUUUGUAUUAUCAAUGAUUGCAAUCAGUUCAAGAAUGAAAAACAGCUAUGUCCUGUUUACAUGUUAAAGCAGGAAUGAGCAAUGUUUAUUUUGGGAUUCCAUGGAUUCAGAAGCUUAACAUCAUAGAAACAGUAUUUAUCAGAACAAGAUGUUGAAUUUCUUUGUUUUUAUUGUUAUAAAGCCUUUACCUUUUUUUACACUGGCAGUAUUAUAAAUGGUUGUUGUUUAAAAAAAGUCUUAUUUAUAGAUGAUUCAUUGA